AUGUGCCUGCACUGGUGUGGCCAUGUUUUCACCUCGCACUGGUCUGCCGUUGGGAACUCCGGCCCCUGUGGGUGCUCCCGAUGCUGGGGCCGCCGGAGGUUUUGCGGGCUACCCUGCACAAGCCCACCCCGCACAGCAACAACAGCAGCAGACAUUGACCACCAGCCCUCCGCCGGAAACGCAGGUGUACGUUCCGGCUGUGUUAAAGGCGAAGCUGGAGGCAGUGCAGACGAAGGAAAGACGCUUGAAGACGUGGAGGAGGAGGUGGUGAGGUUGUGCGUCGGUGAAGGGGCGAUCCUUUCUACCGCGAAGUCGACGAGGUGUCGCGACGGCGCAACGGAUCGUGUGGACAUGAAGAAGCUGAUUUGUACCCGUGGCGGGAAGAGCCGGCAACUGGAGUACGAAGCCAGUCUAGACACUGCACCUGGGGUACAACGGCGGAACGUAAAGAGAAGCGCGAGGACUGAUUGUCCCGUCCGGCACGCGAAGUCCCACAGGUGGCCCAGGAUUAGCAACAUGAAGCUCACGCACAACCACAGCGUCGACCGCAAGGCCAUCGACGUCAAGCUUCGCCUCGCAUCAAAACUAACGGAGGAGCAGCUGGGACAAGUGCAGCAGAUGACAAGUCAUGGGAUGAAGCCAAAAGAGGUGACAAAAGCAAUGAAGGUGUUGCACGAGGACAGCGACAUCGACAUCAACAAGCGCGCGGUGCAGAACGCGGCUGCCACUGUGCACGGGGCGGAGAAGCCGAGAGAUGCCGCCGAUGCGUACGAAGAGGUCAUGGCCGCGACGGCCGACGGCGGACUGUGCGAGAUCAAGAUGGAUGACAGCGGCCGCCUGACGCAUAUCUGGUGGCAAACGAGAGAGCAGGUGGCGCUUUGGAAUCGGUACGGUCACGUUGCGCUCUACGACGACACCGCCGUCAAGAACAGAUACCGGAUGCCCCUCGGUGUGCUCGCUGUCAUCGAUUCGGAGUAUCGGACGCGGAUCGUCGGCCAAAUCAUAACGGCGGACACCACAACGGACACUUUCCUGUCGAUGUUGAAGAGUGCGUUGGAGUCCCGCGGGGGAAAGCAGCCGGAUAUCUUCAUCCAGGACGCGGAUGCGGCGAUGACGGCGGCGGUGCGAGAGGUAUUCCCGGACGCGCUGGCGAGGCGCUGUUUAUGGUACCUCAACCAGAACAUCAUCAAGGCCCUCGCUAAAGUCCUUGGUGGGGACAUGAAGCCUUUCAUGGACGAGUUCAGGUGUGUGCGUCAGCAGCUGUCAUUGGCGAAGUUCGAACGGAAGUUCAACGCCCUCAUCGAAAAGUACCCGAAGGCGGAGAAGUACAUGCGAGUGGUAUAUGACGACCGCGCACGGUGGGCGGAAUAUGUGUCGCCCCUGGUGUUCUCCGUGGGUUCGUGGACGANAGUUGAAGGCCAAAACGCCCUCAUCAAGGAUAAGUGCAACUCGCGCUCCUCGCUUUUGGACGUGGCGAAGUACUUUUCGGGCAUCAUCUGUUCCCAGAAGGAUGCCGCCAUGCUGCGAGACGCCAUCGACCAUCUGCCGCCUAAUCGGAUGGUGGCUCCACCAGCGACCGCUUUCAAAAGUGUGCUCGAGUCCUGCGAGUUCUCCAUCGCGAGCUGGCCGCGGCGGUUCAUGGAGCAAGAGAUGACCGCGGCCAUCAUGUUUUGCCAGAUGGGUGGUGGGGAGGUGGAUGGACCAGAACGCGCGGCAGCUUUGGGGCGCACGCUCGAGUACAUCGAGGGCAAGCUUUGCGACGUCAUCAACGUCUUUGGGAUUCACGAGCAGCGUGAUGGCAAGGCCUUCGACUACCUCGUCUUGCUCUUUUCCGACGGUAGCCAUCUCUGCCAGUGCCGCACACUCCAAACUCUCGGGCUAUUUUGUCGCCACGUGUGGGCGGCGAUGAUGCACAGCCCCCGAUUCAGAUUCCACCACUGGCUGACGGAAAAGGCGAGGGGAACACCGCAGCAGGACUGGCCGGAUGUCGCCCGCCCUCGAUGGGUGGUAUCCNUAUCCAACCGCCACGCUGCGGGAGAAGUGGACGGGGCGGCGGGAGAGGGAGAGGGAGAGGGGGUGGGGGGAUGCGGCGGGAGGUGGAAGUCUUUCGUUGGGAGCAGCCAGACGGUGCAGACGGUCCUGUUGGACUUGAAGGAGAAGGGGCCCACGUACCAGGAUAGAAAAGUGUUGUACGCCGACGUAACGAAGAAGCUCGGGCAAGCCGCGAGUAUUUUGUCUGAUCGCUUUUCACCGACAGUCGCCGUAGCCCUCGUGGACCAAUUUCUGACGAUGGUCAAUAUGCAAGCAGGCGGGGUAGGAACUACAACGACGGGAGGGCGGGGGGCGGCUCUCUUCAUGGCCAACCCUGGGACUCUUCGCCUGCCCGCUAGGACAAGUAAUAAAAGACGACCUGGCGCUGUAGAAAGAUACACAAGAGGGGGUAGCAAGAGAGCCGCGACUUCUGAGUCCCAACUCUAGUUUCGGUGUUGCAUACUCGGGGUACGUGAGUAGCGGUACGCGGCCCUAGGUUUACGACGUCACCGGGGCAUAUGCCUGAACGAUGUUUUGUCCCCCCCCGGCGGCAGGUCAAGACUCGAUGUGUUGUUUAUUUUUCGCUUCCGCUUUUUUGCGCCGAUCGCCGUCUGUGAUGUUGUCGUUUUGGUGUUUGUAUGUCUAUUUGGUUGUUGCGGUGUAGCGUUCGAUGGGGCCAUCUGGUUCCUGUCCUGUUUAAAUUUCUUUUGUUCCAUUUCCUUUCCUUUUCUUUCUUUCUUCGUCCGCCCCCUUUUUUGCCGUGUUGGGGUCAUCUCCAGGUCCUAUCUUUUGUUGGUGCGGGUCAGUCUAUCAUCAAAUCGCUCUUGUAUGUUGUUUUUUCUGUUUUUUCUGUUUUUUUUUUCUGCGUCUACCUGUGCUUGUCGACCUGUGUGCUCUGCGAAGAAAACCGUGUGAGCCGCGUCUCGAGUUUGUUGAGCGGGCCUGCGGUGUGCGAACUAAACGAUGCCUA